UUAUGAGUACGGUGAAAAAUAAUGUUCCUUUGGUUGUUAGUGAUCUUAGCUGUGGCAUAUGUGGUUUGUUUGAAAUGCAUUAAUUAUCGACAUUGGCGAUCGUUAAAACAUGAAAUCAGUGCUUUACCCAUUUUGGGAAGACAGGGGAUGGAUAUUGAAUGUCUUGUUGUAACCGCGCAUCCUGAUGAUGAAUGCAUGUUCUUUGGACCAACGAUCAUUCGCCUUGUUGAAUUUAAUGUCGUCGUGCAUUUACUAUGUUUAUCAGAAGGAAACUACUACAAUGAAGGUGUUCAGCGCAAGCAAGAACUAUUGAACAGCUGUGCUAAAUUGGGGAUACCAUCCUCCAGAAUUACCAUAAUAGACCACAAGAAACUUCCUGACGAUCCCAAAGCAGAAUGGAAGGUCUCCCUAGUCACCUCAAUAAUUGCAAAGCACUUGAGAGCUCACGCUUUCAACAUGGUGCUGACCUUUGAUGAAAGAGGAGUGAGCGGCCAUAGCAAUCACAUCGCAAUUUAUAAAGCUGUCAGACACCUCGCUUCCACUGACCAACUGCCCAAAGACUGCUGUUUGUUCUCGUUAGUGACUGUCAGCCUGCUCAGGAAAUAUGUUUCAUUCUUAGAACUUCCUCUCAGCUGGCUGCUUCCCUCAUCGCUUUGCUGCAUCAUAGGCUUAAAGGGCUACAGGCAGUGCAAAGCUGCCAUGCUUUGUCAUCACACCCAACUUGUUUGGUUUCGGUAUCUGUACAUCACCUUCUCACGCUACAUGUUUGUCAACACAUUCCAGAUGAUUCCACGAGGACCAAAGGUUCAUAAAAUAUAUUAGGUGACCAACAU